UGUCGUAUCCAUCUUACUAUAUAGUAGACAGGACUCGACUAUUCCAUCAUUAUAUUCGCACCCUGCUUAUGUGUGCGAACAAAUCGUUCGUCUCCUGUUUGAUGCUCAGUUUUCAACGGAGUUGAAGGGAAACUUUAUAAGAGAAAGGAAGUUACGGAUUGUCUCAAAGUGAUAAACGAAAAUUCUCGUAACUAUCGAAAAACGAUAGUCAAUACAAGGAUAUCAUUAUCACAUUUAAAACUAUCACAAUGAACGGUGAUUCGUCGCAGCAAGGUACCACGAAUAAGAUAUCUCAAUCUAAAGAGGAGGAGAGUCAUACUUCGGAACGUAAUCGGGACAUAUUGUACCUUAAUGUGAUUAUUAUUGUGAUUAUUGUGAUUAGUGUGAUUAUUUGGUACACAAUGGAUAUGUUGGCAUUAGCGAUGUAUUAAUCCGGGAAGCUCGUCUAUCUCGGAAAUAUCGAGUCUGGGACAACGUCAAUUUGGAAAUUAUUCUUAGAGAAUAUGAAAAUUAUUACAAGAUAAAAUUCCAAAAAUAUCCUAUAUUGUGUAAGAAAAUAACUGAAAAGGAAAUAAAGACGAGGGAAAUGACAAAUGCGAACAAAGUCAAACAAACGAGAAGUGAGUCUGUAUCUGGGUCUGUCGAAGGGAGGAAUGCACAACAGAAGAUGAGGGGUGAUGCUACCGAUGAUAUUAAUCUUGCAAUGACAGUGACAACAAUUUCUGCCAAUGAAAACGAUGGAUCUUCAUCAGAAGAGCUUCAUCAAAGAGCUUCAUUUAACGUCUCAAUGGAACAAUCCAGGCAAUCAAAGAUAUCAAAAUGUGCUCGGGACCUUUAUAUAGACAAUCCAGAAUUGCAGAAGAUUGCUCAAGACAUUUUAUCUGAAAUCAUACUGAAAGAAUUAAAUGUAUAUUGGGACAACAUUGCAGGCCUAGAGGAAUGUAAAUCUGCCAUUAAGGAUGCCAUUGUGUAUCCCCUUAAAUACCCUAUCUUUUUUAAAGGCCCAUUUGCUCCCUGUAAAAGUAUUCUGCUAUAUGGACCACCUGGUACAGGGAAGACGAUGUUGGCGAAGGCAGUCGCAACAGAAUGCCAAUGCACCUUUUUUAACGUAACGACCAGCUCAUUGGUGGACAAAUGGAGAGGUGAUUCCAAGAAGUAUAUCCGUGUUUUAUUUGAACUUGCCUAUAAUAAUUCGCCUACAAUUAUUUUUAUCGACGAGAUUGACUGCAUAGGAACAAAUAAAGGAGUAAAGUAUACAUUGUCUGAAUCUGCAAAGACAUUCAGAUCAGAACUUCUUUUUAGAUUGGAUAGAUUAGUAAUUAACAAAAAUUCUGAUGUAGUUCUUUUGGCCGCAACUAAUUGCCCUUGGGAUAUUGAUGCAACUUUACGCAGACGCCUUGAAAAGAAUAUAUACGUAUCAUUACCAAACGAAGUUACUCGAUUUUAUAUGUUCAAAUUAUACCUUAGCAACCGAUUAUUAGAGAAUAUGGAUAUUGUGAGUCACAUAAUAAAAUCUACUGAAAAAUAUUCUUGUGCUGAUAUAAAAUUGCUUUGUACGCAAGCAUGGCUGCUAGAAAUGAAUCCAAUGUUUAAAAGACUUGAAAAAGGAGAAACAUCUACUACGACUUUGAAAUAUGAAUUAAAGAAUUAUAAAAUAAUAGCAAAAUUGUUAAAAAAAAUGUCACCUACAGUUACGAAUGUGGAUAGAUAUGAAGCGUGGAAAAAAUAUGUAUGCCAAAACAAGAUAUUUUAAAAAAUAUAAAAAUAUAAAAAUAUAAAAAUAUAAAAAUAUAAAUGGUUAUAAAUUAUUAAUAUAAUUAUCGUUCGAAAAAUUGUUCGCGUGCGUGCACGUAUGUGUGCGCACGCACUAUAAACAAGUUUUAAAUGUCUUUCUACAUAUAUACGUGGUAUACAUAUUCCCUAUAUAAUAUAAUAUAUAUAAUAUAUAUAAUGUAAUAUAAUAUAUAAUAUGUGUAAUCUGAGUGGUAAUAUAGCCAUGUAUUAAAUAUUAUUUAAAUAUUAUUAUUAACGCAUGUAUGGACUCAGAACACAUAUAUGCGUUUUUUGCAAGUAUUCCGCAUGGCCUAACGACAGAUAUACGCGUUUGUCGAUUUUUCCGACCAAGUAGAAGUAAUACUAUUACAUUUAUGAUACAUUUAUGAUACAGAUACUGAUACAUUUAUGUGAGGACAGUCGCAUGUAAUUAUCGAGAAGAAAAUGUGUUGUUUGUGUGAAAAAUAAGAGAAUGCAGAAAGUGCGAUGUCGGAUUAUAUAUCGAUAAUUGUCUUGAAAUUUUUCUCAUACAACUGAAUUAUUAGCCAAAUUCUGUUGUAAAUUCUAAAUGUUUAUUGUAAAUUUCAAUAUUUAAAAUAA